AUGCGCAUCGACUUUUCUGAUCUAAACAAGGCAUGCCCUAAGGAUUGCUACCCACUCCCGGAAAUCGAUCACAAGGUAGAGUCGCUACAGGGAUUUAAGCUAAAAUGCUUCUUGGAUGCGUACAAAGGGUAUCACCAUAUAUUGAUGAGCAAAGAAGACGAAGAGAAAACAGCCUUCUAUACAGACCAUGGCACGUUCUGCUACACCAAGAUGCCUUUUGGGUUAAAGAAUGCAGGGGCGACAUACCACCGGCUAGUCGACUCGAUAUUCGCCAAGCAAAUUGGAAGGAAUAUUAAGGUGUAUGUAGAUGAUAUGGUGAUUAAGAGUCCAAAUGAAGAAAAGAUGAUGCAAGACAUCGAAGAGACUUUCAAGACAUUAGAGGUGGCCAAGAUGAAACUAAACCCAGCCAAAUGCACGUUUGGAGUGGAAGAGGGGCAAUUCUUGGGCUACUAUGUUACUAGACAAGGCUUCCAGCCCAGCCCGACCAAGGUCGACGAGUUCAUCGAGACGCCAACCCCAAACUCUCUUAGAGAUGCACAAGGUCUGAACCGGAAGCUCACAGCUCUAAGCAGGUUCAUCUCGAAAUAUGCCGACAAGGCUAUGCCACUGUUCCACACCUUAAAGGGAUGCAUCGAGAAAAACAAUUUCCAAUGGACGAAUGAAGCUGAGAAGGCGCUCCAGAGAAUCAAGGAAGCACUGCACAAGCUACCGACUCUGGCAACCCCCAUCCCUGGAGAAACAUUACAAGUGUAUCUUUCAACAUCAGGCGAAGCGAUAUCAUCAGUAUUGGCUGUGGAAAGGGAAGGGGAGCAGAGACCGGUCUUGCUUAAGCCGGAGACGUCGGGUCGGCUGGCCAAGUGGGCAAUUGAACUGGGAGAGCACGAUAUAAACUACCGCCCAAGAACAAGUAUCAAAGGGCAGGCGCCGGCUGAUUUCUUACUAGAAAUUCCUGAUGGAGGGAACCCGGCGAAAGAAAAGGUGUGGGUAGUUAAGGAGGCCCCUACCGGCGAUGGCUCAUGGACCCUGUACACGGACGGAGUGUCCAGCAGGGAAGGCUCAGGGGCGGGGCUGAUCCUGACUAGCCCAGAAGGAAAAGAGGUAACCUACGCCCUCCGUUUCGACUUCCAUACAUCGAACAACGAGGCGGAGUACGAGGCGCUGCUUGCUGGGUUGCGACUCGCCAAACAGAUGGGUGCGAAAGCUGUAACAACACUAACCAACUCAAGGUUAGCAGCGAACCAAGUCAAUGGGAGUUUCGAGGUAAGAGACCAAAGAAUGGGAAAGUAUGUAAAGAUGGUAAAGCAACUGGUAGGAUCAUUCGGCCAAUUUACAAUCAAGCAGAUACCCAGAAGUGAGAACAAGAGGACAGACGCUUUGAGCAAGCUAGUGUCCACUUGUUUUGACCACCUGUCAAUGAAAGUUUUAGUGGAGGUGCUCCGGGAGGAAAGCAUUGAUGAACAGAAGGUGAACAUCUUGACCCCCGCUGGACCCACAUGGAUGACACUGUUCCGGGAAUACCUCCAGAGAGGAGUGCUACCGGACGACCAUGACGAGGCCAGAAAAAUACGUAUAAAGGCGCCCUCAUACGCAAUGGUGAAUGGGGGAUUGUACAAGAAGGGAUUCACGUCUCCAUGGCUAAAAUGUGUAGAUCAAGCCAGGGGGAGAGAGAUAUUGCAGGAAGCACACUCAGGGUAG